UUGAUGGUCAACGCAGAAGCAUAUAAAUUUAAUCAGCAGCAUCUGUACAAACGCAGCCAAGCAGUGCUUGUCUGUUUUCAAGAUGAUCUUGUUUGCAGUUUACAUCUUGGAGGCUGCUAUAACGUGGUAGGGCACAAACAGCCAAAAUUCUUUUAUGCAUGGAAUAUUGAAGAAGUGGUUAAUUUGUAUGGAGAAUAUAAUACAAAGAAAGUUUAUUCAGCAACUCUUCCAAAACAAAUUUCAUACUUGUUGGACCUAUUGAGGAGCAAUGACUGUCAUUCACCAUGGUCAUUUGUGACAGCACUUGCUUCACAGAUUGCAACUGACAUCUAUCCAGCCUCAACACUUUUGCAUUUAAAAAUGGGAAUGCUUUUAAACCUGGCAGUUCGGGGAAGCAGUCAGAAGAAGCCAGUACACCUGUUGGCAAUUGGAAGAGAUGUGCUCUUAGCGCAGCGGCUCCUGAGGCGAGGUGGGCAACUGGGACAACGUUAUAUUGAACACUUUUCACCUGUUUUUACCUGUGCUGUUAAUGGAAAUACUCGUGUGGAUGAGCAAGGUCUCCAGUGGACUGAUGCUGGCCCUCUGACGCUGGCUAAAAAUGGGGUAUGCUGUCUAGGUGAUUGGGCAAAGUUUUCUCAACACUCAAAGCACACACAUAUUGUUUCUGCCAUUGAAACUGGACAAAUUUCAUUCAGACAUCAUGGAAAUAUAACUGAAGGGGUGCACACGAGUCCAUUAGAGUGUUCUGUGUGGACAUACUGUCAGCAUUCUCCUUACAGUUCAAAAUUCUCAGAUCAGAAGCAGAUUAGAAUGCUCAUUAACAUUUUUGGUAUUCCAUACCUGUGUGAUGACAGCAAUGAAACAGUGGAAAUUUGUCAACACAUUUUAAUGAAAUCAAUAUUAAGAACUGAAAGUGAAUUAAAUAAUGAUGACUUGAGAGAGUUUCUGCGGAUUGUCUCAACAAAAAAUCUAGUUCUUAAAGAAGAAGCCAGACAACUUAUAUGCAGUUAUUUUGUGGCCUGUCGCAGAGUACGACCUGACUGUCUUCCUGUUGGUGCAAUAGAAACAAUCACAGCACUGUCUGAAGGGCACGCAAGAUUGUCGAUGAAAAGUGAAGUAUGCUAUGAAGAUGUUUUGCCUGUUCUAAGACUCUAUGAGGAAUCUCUGUAUGCAAUAUUUGGGAACUCUUUUGUAUCUCCUCCACCAAUUGCAAGGCAAAGUGGACUUACUUCAAUGAAAUCUUUAAUUAUGCAGGCGAAGACUGAGAUGGAACAUUUUUCAGCCUGGAUAAUUAACUACAUCAAAUCUGUAAUUGGAGUACACCCCUUUCAGUAUUGCAAUGCUGAAGAAUAGUACAGCUUAUCAAAUUUGUAAUUUAUUGUCUUGUCACAAACUACUAUCAGUUAUAUGGUAGACAAGCACAAUUUCUUACUGAAUUAACAAAUGGUUCAAAUAUGUUCUAUUCUGCCAAAUCCUGCCUCGGUUGUCAGUUUUUAAAGGAAGGCAGUAAUUUCUGUCACAAGAAUGUUACUGCUAUUACUUCAAUCAGUAUCAUAUGUGAAAUGAUAUAUUUUGUAAGCUUCAAGCACUAAUGGGAAUGAGGGGCUAGAAAUUUGUUCAAGUAACCAAAUCAAACGAACAGUUUUUACACAUACCUGUUAGGACAAAUUUCGAGAAAAGUGAGUGUGGUUAUUAUUUUGACAUCAAAAGAUGCAACAGAUCUUUUUAAAAUAUCAUUUGAGGUUAUCUUCCACUUCAAAAUUUAUCCACAAAAAUAUUUUAAUGUAUAAAAAUACUGAAUAAAUCUGUACAUCAGUGUGACCAAGCAACAACAGGAUCCACACAUCAAAUACAUGUGAAAGUUAAAUAUUAUUGUACUACCUAUAAUGUCUGCAGUGAAUAAAAUUUGUCACUUGGGUCCAGCAUCCAUUUUAGUCUAUAGGCUCACAUCUGUAUUCUUAAGAAUACUAACAGUAAGUUUUUGGAACAGUUUUAAUAUUGAGCACAGAGAAUGUUAUAUUAUAUAUUAUAUUGUCAUCAUGCAGAAUCAGUUGGAAAAAUAGCACAGACGUUGGUUCCCAAAGAAAUAUUAAACACAAAGCAAACAUAACAGGUAACUGCUUGUGUGUUUCAGCUUUAUUACAGAUGACUUUUAAGCAACAAGCAAUUGGAUGGGCAAUUGAAAGUAAUAAGUAUGUUAGAAUUUAAUUUUAUUUCCUUGUAAAAUAUUUGGUUGUAUUCCACUUUUUUAAACAUCUAUGUACAGAUUACAAUACAUGAAACUUCUAAAUAAAUUGAGCAAAAAAAAAAAAAAAAGUAUUUU